ACUAUAAUAAGGUUUAGUUAUAUAGUUCACGGCCCAUUCGACUUCUUAUGUGUGCCUUUGAGGUAACCCUCCAAAAUGGCAGUGGCAGUGACAAAUUCUCUUCCAGAUGUUCAGGAUAAGAUAAGUCAAACUCAAAUGUUCAUGUAAUGGCAGCCACGAAAACAACCCUUUUCUUCAACAACAGCCUUUCUUCUUCUUCUUCUUCUUCUUCUCUUCCUUAUCAUCCUACAAAGAAAAAUGGCCAGAAGUAUAUUAUUAUUACAGUAGCUAAGAAGAAAGAUUCUCCUGAGAAUUCAAGAACCCAACAACAAAACUCCAUCCUUCCUCUAAAGAUUUCAUACAGAGCUCUUGCUAAGUCUGCCAUUGCAGUGUUUGGAUUAGGGUUCAUUGAUGCUGGCUUGUUUAUUUUAGGUAUAGUGGAGAUUGGUCAAGGAUUGGAGUGAUCUCAAAGGAGAGUGAAGACUUGCUAAAACUUGCAGCUUUUGCUGUUAUUCCUUUGUGUAUUUUCCUUAUAUUUUCCAUCUCAAGAGAACAAGAAACUUAGAUUCAUUGUUGAGAUGGAAUGUUUGUUUACCAUGAAAUUCAACGGUGAUUAAUUGCACUUUAGUAUUAAAAUA